ACGAACGCUAAGCAACAAGCAAACUUCUUUGCCACUUUAUUACACAUUAUUAUUAAAGUCCAUCACUAAAAAUUCAUACACAAAAUACAAAAAUGGACUUCGAUACAGUUUGAAUGCUGCUGUGUUGUCGCCAACAAUGAAUUAAGUGCAGAGCAACACACGAGACUGACUGACAGAUUUUCUGCACAUGUCGCGGACUCGACAUGGAUUCAAAUGCUCAAAUUGUGCAAAUCCUUGAAGAAAUAAAACAAAACACCAAGUCAAUCCGAAAUGAGAUUUGCCCCUCUCCAAGAGAAAACAAGGUGUUUGUCUCAGUGCGGAUAAAAUUUAAAACGGUUGGUGACAUAGACAAUAUACAUCAACACUUUUAUGCGAAUUUUGUUUUGACUUUGAAAUGGAAGGAACCACUGCUGAGAGGAAAGGAACAAAAGGAUGUCGUGUGGAACGAGCAGUGGGAUCCAAGAGUCAACUUCAAAAAUCAACUGACCGUGGACAAAUUGAAGAAUACUCAUGAAUUAAUUUAUGAACCAAACGAUAACAUUCCGACAGUCAAAAUGAAUAUAUUUGCUGCUGGAACAUUUAAGAAAAUCUUCGACUUGCGUUACUUUCCAUAUGAUUACCAGAGUCUUUGUAUAAAUUUGGAUUCGGACUGGCCUGUCGAAGUAAUGUCUUUCGAAAAAAGUGACGUCAAAGAUAGUAUUACGGUGGACACUUUUACAGGUUGUCACGAGUGGAAACUUUAUCCCCAUGUUGUGGCUAGUAUUGUUGAACAAAAUGAACAAGAGGAACAAUUAUCUGGCACACACAGGAAGUACCCAAAUUAUAAAAUCAAGUGUCAUGUGGAAAGAAUACCAAACUUUUAUCUACUGAAUAUUGUUAUUAUUGUGUUUUCCAUCUUGGGACUGACAUUUUGUUCCUUUGCUGUGGAUAUCAGUUCACUUGACGUCAGAUUGAAUGUAACGCUGACCUUGCUCCUAACAUUGGUCGCGUUCAAGUUUGUGGUAUCACAGCGUUUUCCUAAUGUCAGCUAUUUGACCCGUUUGGAUGAGUACAUAUUAUUUUGCAUGAUAAUCCAAUGUUUGAUAGCAGUGGCUCAUGUGAUUGGAGAAAAAGUCUCUGAAAAAACUAAGGUUCAAAUCUUCCCUGGUGUUCUUGGAGUGCUCGCUGUUUUGAUGCAUUUUUAUUUUGGAAUUGAAAUCUGGCGAAAGGUUAAAGAAAUGAAAGCGUACUUGAAAAGAAAAACUGAUGAUUAUGAAUCAUUAAUACGGAAGGAGGAGCAGGGAAGGAGAAUUUCAAAAUUGGAAGAUCAACAGACUGGGGGAACCGUUUACCACAGAGAGGAGGAAGAAAGCAAUAAUAGGGAACAAGUUGGUCAUAAUGAAGACAUUGAACUGCUAAACAGACAUGAUUAUAAAGAGACUCCUUUGUAGAAUCUGUCCCGCAUGUUCGCUUUGGAUCAAGAGCGUCGCCCCCUAACAAGAACAAGAAGAAGAAGAAGAAGAAGAUUAGCAGCGGUUAGGGACCAGUUCCUGGUCCAAAAGGCUAGGUUGAAAUUUAUCUCAAUUAUCUUAGGUGUGUUUAUAUGAUCCGAGGUACCAUUGUUACUCCGGUUGGGAAAGUUAACCCCCGAGGCCGAGACAACCACUACGGUUUCCCUCUUUGUAAACAGGUACGGGUGACUCUUACCCCUAGGGUGACCAUACCAGCCAUGCAAGGCCAGUUUAAAACCUUUAUUAUAAAUACUUGCGUUUCAAUUGCUACAUCAAUGAAUAAUAUGACGUUUCAUUUUUUAACAAAUCAGCAGCGGGCGGAAUCCUAGCCAGCUGGAGAAACUAAGGCUUGAUAAUUCUUCAAAUCAUUCGAAAACCGAGUUCAAUAAUUGUUUUAUUAUUUAUUUACAAGAAUGAACAUUACGACUUUGAUUGUUCGUUUGAAUUGGUGUCGAUUUCACACUCCCGUUUCUUUAUAGAAAAUCGAUGUCCUCAACAUUUUCUUUCUUCAAUUAAAUCAAAAUUCAAUAUUUCCAACGACAUAAAAAAACUUUUUAGGAUUGCGAUAACAAUUUACUUUGUUAGGUUUGUUUACGUUUGCGGAUAUUGCGCCAAAAUAAGAUACAUUCGUUUUGCUUGUUAUUUAUUGAAUAUACUGACACUGAAUAAGUAACUUAUAAAGUUAAUUAGAAAAUCGCCCUUGAGUUAGGCAGUCCGCCAUUUUGGAGGGUAGAAAUUUUUAUUUAAUUAAACUAUUCUAUGAUGCCUAACGGCCUCAAACUCUGAAACUUUUAGAAACUUUGAACAUAAAAUAUAAAUUUGUAUAAGUUAUGUGCUCCAAUUUCGACCGCAUUCCGUGUUUCUUUACCGGUUUUAAUACUGUACUUUACGCCAGAAAUGGUGGUCGCGGUGGAAAGCUAUAAAUGGUCUAAUUCUAGCCCUAUAUAAAGUUUCCAGCAUGUUUUAAUGCUUUAAUGGUCAAAUGCUUUUUCUAUAUAAAGUAGCAAGCAUGUUUCGCGCCCAUAUCACAACAUUAUACAAUUUAACCAUGAUUUGGUUAUGAAUGUCAAAUAUUUUGAUAUGGAUAACCACGCUGUUUUAAUGAUCAAA